CCUAGUAUUUGUUGCCUCUUUAGAAAGUUUAAAAAAAAAUCUGAAAUGGAAAAGCUCACUAUAUCCCACUACCUCACAGUUGCCUUGAAAAAGCUUGACCCACCGACCGAUUGGAAGGACAUCCUGGAGUUCGUCCUGACCACCUUGGACUCCACGUGGCGUCCCAAAUAUUACACCAAUGAAUUGAGAAAGGCUCUGGAAGUUGGACUACGUUUUGGAAUAAUACGCGAAAUGAAUAAUAAAUACUAUCUGUAUGAAUAUGCGAAAAUGAAUUCGUUUGGAGAAAUUACAUACGAGUUUACCGAAAAUCCCCUGAGUUAUCCUUCCGUAAAGAAAGAAGUGAAGGAGGAUGACGAUGAUGAUGAGGAAGAGGAGGAGGAGGAGGAAGAGGAGGAUGAAGAUGAGAUGCUGUUCAAAGCAAAAUGAUAUAGUGUUCAAAUUACAGAAGGAAUCAACGAAUAAACGUGUGAGAAAAGCGCGGACUAACAAAGAGUAGAAUUUAGCGACAAUGACUAAUAGAAAUUACAUAAAUGGCAAAUUACUUUCAAUGGAAACGCAAACAAAAUUCUUAAAUUUCAGAUUAUAGAAAAUGGCCGAAUGGGUCAAGAACAAUGUGAAUAUGCUUCCCAAAAGUUGUGUACGAUAAAAGUCAAGCAAAAAUGAUUAUGCCAAAUAAAAUGGAAAUAGGGUUAAUAUGUGGAGAUUGCUUACCCCGUUGAUGACUAUAAGUCCAACUCAAAGACC